GGGGAGCCCAGCUGUGCUGUGGUUCUAGGAGGAAGAGCUCUGGGUGUCUCACCAUGACCUGGACCACUGUUCUGCUCCCUUUUCUCACUCUCUGUACAGGCUCUGAGGCCUCCUAUGAGCUGACACAGCCACCCUCAGUGUCAGUGUCCACAGGACAGAUGGCCAGGAUCACCUGCUCUGGAGAUACACUGGCAAAAAAAUAUGCUCAGUGGUUCCAGCAGAAGCCAGGCCAGGCCCCUGUGCUGGUGAUAUAUAAAGACAGCGAGAGGCCCUCAGGGAUCCCUGAGCGAUUCUCUAGCUCCAGCUCAGGGACAACAGUCACCUUGACCAUCAGUGGGGCCCAGGCAGAAGACGAGGCUGACUAUUACUGUCAAUCAGCAGACAGCAGUGGUAAUCAUCCCACAGUGACAGAAGCAUAUGGGGAAGGCCUGCAUGUGUCCAAUGAGAAGUGGACAGGGGGAUGCUGGUCAGAGCUGCAGGGACCUUUGUCAGACUCUGUCAUCUCCUAUGAACUGACACAGUCACCCUCAGUGUCAGUGGCCCCAGGACAGAUGACCAGAAUCACCUGUGGGGAAAGCAACAUUGGAAGUAAAAGUGCUCAAUGGUACCGGCAGAAGCCAGGCCAGGCCCGUGUUUGGGUCAUCUAUGGGGAUAGCAGGCGGCCUUCAGGGAUCUGUGAGAGAUUCUCUGGCUCCAACUUGGAGAACACAGCCAACCUGACCAUCAACAGGGCCCAGGCUGGGGAUGAGGCUAUUACUAGGAACUCCAGAGGCUCCAGCUGGACAAGGACAAUGCACAGAUGUGGCCCCGAUGGGAUCACCGGUGAGGCCUGGCCUGGUAGAGCCUGCCCUGGGCUACCCUGUGGUACCUCACGGCACCUUCGGCCAGAGGUGCCUGGGGUGAGGGAUGAGCCUGUGUCUGCAUCGUGGGAAAGGCUCUCACUCGGGGCCCUCCUGAAGCAGGAGCCUCGAGAUGUGGGGAUGCAGCAUGAGAACAUCGUGCUCUCCUGA